AUGGCUAAUAUUCAUCCAUUUCCAGCCGAUCCCGCUAAUCCACAACGUUCAACCAUCGAUCAAUACGAGAAUCCUUUCUUUCUUCACAACAACGAUCAUGCUGGUCUUCAGUUAGUGACUGAUCGUCUCAGUUCCGGUGCGGACUUUCAUUCUUGGAAGCGAUCCGUACGUAUGGCUCUCAAUGUGCGUAACAAGCUUGGUUUCAUCGACGGUACAAUUCCUAAACCUCCUGAUGAAUCUAGAACUUCAGGAUCUUGGUCUAGAUGCAAUGAUAUGGUUGCUACAUGGCUUAUGAAUUCUGUUGAUAAGAAGAUUGGUCAAAGCUUGUUAUUCAUGUCGACUGCUGAGAGUAUUUGGAAGAAUUUGCUUACUCGUUUCAAACAGGAUGACGCUCCUCGUGUCUAUGAGAUUGAGCAACGCCUGAGUACUAUUCAACAGGGUUCAAUGGAUGUCACUCAGUACUAUACUGAGCUGAUCACUUUAUGGGAAGAAUACAAGAAUUACAUUGAACUUCCUGUCUGUACUUGUGGUCGUUGUGAAUGCAAUGCAGCUAUUUUGUGGGAGCAGAUGCAACAACGAAGCCGUGUUACUAAGUUCCUUAUGGGGCUCAAUGAAUCUUAUGAACAGACUCGUCGUCACAUUCUGAUGCUCAAACCAAUACCGAAUAUUGAAGAAACAUUCAAUAUGGUGGCUCAGGAUGAGAGACAGAGGGCUGUCAAACCGGUGAUUCGUUCUGAUACUGUGGCUUUCCAGACUUCUGAUUCACAUCGUUCUUCAGAAGCUCCUUACUAUGCUGGUGAUUCUCAAGACUAUGUAGCUGCUUAUAAUACUUUCCGUCCUCGUGGAAACCGUCCAUUGUGUACUCACUGUGGUCAGUUGGGUCACACAGUCAACAAGUGUUACCGUCUUCAUGGUUUUCCACCUGGUUAUAAAACACCUCAGAACAGCUACAACAAGUCUUCUUUCACGCCUCGUGGUGCUAAUACAUAUACACCUAGGCCUUCUUUCACACCAGCUCAAUCUACUCAAAGGACUGUUGCUAAUAUCACUACUGGUUCAUCUACUGAUAAUGUGUUGACUUCUUCAGUAGCUCCUUUGAGCUUAUCUUCUUCUGGAUCAUCUCCAGAUAUGCCACAGUUCACACCAGCUCAAAUCCAAUCCAUUAUUCAACAGAUAUCGGCACACGUGAGAGUUUCAGAACCCACUGUUGCUUCUUGUUCCACAGUUUCCGAGAAGGGUGUCAUGGCUAGUCAAUCAUCUUCUGGUACUUUACCAUUUCUCUCUACUAAUCUUCGUUUUGAAAAUCAUACAUUUACCUUUCAACAUCAGUGUCUUUCCACUUUAUACAAUUCUCUGCCACAUGGUUCUUGGAUUGUUGAUAGUGGAGCAACAAGUCAUGUAUGUUCUGAUCGUGCCAUGUUUAGGGAAGUAUUUCCUGCAUCUGAUUUAACAGUCUCAUUGCCAAAGGGUACUAGGAUUCCCAUAUUGCAUACUGGAACUGUUGCUCUGUCUGAUUCUUUGAUUCUUUAUGAUGUUUUACAUGUUCCCUCAUUCUUUUUCAACUUGGUAAGUGUUAGUGCUUUGUUGCGUUCUAAUCAGUGCUCUGCUCAUUUCUUUCCUACUUCUUGUUAUAUUCAGGAGUUUUCUCAGGGCUUGACGAUUGGGAAGGGUAGUCUUAAGCACAAUCUUUACAUUCUUGAUCUGAUUCCACAAGAUAUCUCCGCUGCUUUCACUGGAUCCUUGUCAGCUGAUGGUAUGCUUUGGCAUCAACGCCUUGGUCAUCCAUCGCCUGCCAAGUUACAAGUUUUAUCUACAGAACUUUCUAUUCCACGUUGUAUCAUUCCUUCUCAUUCCACUUGUACUGUUUGUCCACUCGCUAAGCAAAAACGUUUAUCGUUUCCUUUCAAUAACAAUUUGUCUCUAAAACCAUUUGAUUUACUUCAUCUUGAUAUUUGGGGACCAUUUGCACAAGAAUCUAUUGAAGGUUACAAAUAUUUUUUGACUAUUGUUGAUGAUUGUUCUCGUGUUACUUGGAUACAUUUACUCAAACGAAAAAGUGAUGUUAUUACUCUGUUUCCUGAGUUUCUUCAGCGUGUCUACACACAAUACAAUGUUCGAGUCAAGGCUAUUAGAAGUGAUAAUGCUCCUGAGUUACGGUUUGCGAAACUUAUCAAAACUAAUGGCAUGAUUCACUAUUUCUCCUGUGCUUACACACCUGAACAAAAUUCUGUGGUUGAACGUAAACAUCAACAUCUUCUUAAUGUUGCUCGUGCACUUUUGUUUCAAUCCAAUGUUCCUCUUCUAUACUGGAGUGAUUGCAUAACAACUGCUGUUUUCCUUAUUAAUAGAAUUCCUUCACCAUUACUUGACCAUCGCACUCCUUAUGAAGUUUUGUUAAAGAGAAAACCUGAUUACUCUCUCUUACGAUCUUUUGGUUGCCUUUGUUAUGUGAGUACUUUACAAAAAGAUAGGAACAAAUUUUCACCUCGGGCUCGUCCUUGUUUGUUCUUAGGCUAUCCAUCAGGUUAUAAAGGCUAUAAACUUCUUGAUCUAGAUAACAAUUCGGUGUCCAUUUCUCGUCAUGUUGUCUUCCAUGAAUCUGUUUAUCCUCUUAAAUCUUCCACAUCUAUCAUUCCUGAUUUCUUUUCUCAUUAUAUUUUACCUAACUCUGUUCCUUAUACUGCUGAUUUGGAUGCAUCCAUUGAUCAUAAUGCAUCUUCAUCGACUAGUUCCUCUCAUCCUCAUGCACCUGAUCCGAUUGUUCUCGUUCCUCAUGCAUCUCAUUCUAGAAAUGUACCACCUUUGGCUUCUGAGAUUGUUGAUACAGGUGUUGUUGAUGCUUCUCUUAAUAUGGCUCGACCAAAACGUCAGACUAAAGCUCCAAAUUAUCUUUCCGAUUACCAUUGUGCUCUUCUUCAGACUACUGAUCCUUGA